AUGGUAACCACAGCAGCUCAAGCGACAACAAAGCUCCUCCCCCUCACAGACGAGCUCCGUCAAAAGACAAAGGGUCUCCACGGCAAGACCGACCGUCUCGUCAGCCUAGGCCUCUUUGCCGUCCUUGACUACCAGAUCUACCGCCAGAUCCUCCUAGGCUUCUACUACGUCUUCAAGACCUUCGAAGAAGAGUACGACCGACACCUGAAAACAUCCACCAUCGACAGCCAAAAGCAGAAAUGGCCAGCUCACCCAUGGGUCGAACACACUUACUCACCCGACCUCAGGAGGACAGAGGCCUUUGAAGCCGACCUGGCGUACUUUUAUGGACCUGACUGGAAAGAUCAUGUUCAACCAUCGAAGCAAGUCCAGGAGUAUAUGGACCACAUCAGGGACAUCGCAAAGCGCCAGCCAGAAAAACUAAUUGCCUACCCAGCAACCCUCUACCUAGGCCUCUUCUUUGGCGGCCAAAUCACCCGUUCAAAAAUCAUCAAAUCCACACACUUUUUUCCCUCCCCACCUGCCAAGAAACUCGGUGGAGAAAACGAUGAUGGUAUCGCCAUCUUUACCUUCCGCGAAAGUACAUCCACCACCACCACCACCGCGGGAGCAGCAGAAAGAGCAGGAGAAGGAAGCAAGGGGAAGAAAAUGGACCCGAACAAGGUGAAAUCUUCACUCAAGGACCGGCUCAACUCAAUCCCAGAGAUGAACCCUGCAGAGGGUGUCACCGAGACCAAACUAACGCUUGAGGGUCGAGAAGCGAUUGCAGAGGAGGCGAGAGAGAUCUUUGUUAGAAACAUGGAUUUAAUGACCAGCGUUGAGGGUGUCUCAAGGGUUUGGACCCGUUGGAUCUUCCAGUUUGUGAUCUUUGUUGCUGUUGGGCUGGCGAUCUUCCAGAUCCUUUUCAGAAGCAGUGUCAUACCCUCGGAACCAUUGAUCAUUUGA